CAGACAGGUGAAGUGGAGGUGGUCCAAAAAAGUUUUUGACCAAUCGCGGAGGGCUGAUAGCAGAAUUGGAAUAGAAAAGUUUGGACUAGUUUUACGCUAUAGCGCCCCAGUACUCGUUUACGCUUUAAUGUCAUUAGGUAUGUGGCACUGCCUGAAUGGUAGUAAGCAUUAAGCCGCUAACGAGGCAAUGCCAUUUUUUGUGGCCAUGUGACAUGAGUAUUGUCUGUCAUAGGAGCACGCAUAACACUCGUGCUUCAGCUGCACCAUAGCACAGCGAACAAUGAUCGCUUGGCAAUCGUCGGCGUCCUCGUGACAUUCUCGAGCCGCAAGAGUGCCAAAGUACGUGGCUAUACUCCCACUUCCGCUAACAGGGUAACAGCGCGAGAGAGCAAUUGCGCUUUGGGGGGAAGAAACUCACCCGCCCUUGCCACGGUAGCCUUCUCGGUUGCUGACGAAACGUGUUUUUCGGCUAUGGUGACCAAGUAACAUGUAUGCAUGUAAAGUCUCUGGCCGAAAAAUAUACGUCAGUGAAAUAAAAAAAUAAUAAUUAAAAAUAAAAUAAAUAAAAAAUAUUAAAAAAAUAAAAAAUAUUAUUUUUUUCCCUCAUUCGCUGUGCAGCAAGUACGACAGAUACGACACCGGCGGCACCAUGGCCCAGGAAGGAAUAUUCAUACACCAGAAUCCCCCAAUCUACAGGAUGAUCUACGUCAUGUGGAAUGCCCCCAUCACCAAGUUUUGGGUGUACCAGAUAUUCUACAUCCUCUUUCUCGGGACAAUGAGCAUCGCUGUUCUGUGGCCUUCCUGCGGAGACCAGACGCUGGACACAAUCAGCGUGGCGUGGAUUUUUCUCAUCGCCGUGGAGACGAUUGAUCGAACUUAUCGCUUGCACCUCACGAACGCAAACGUCCCCUUGCUGUCGAAGUGCAUCGAGGUCUUCCUCAUCACGUUUUUCGGCGUCACGUACCUGUGCUCGCGGCUACUCAGGAUCGGGCUGUUCGAAGACCCCUACAACGGCAAAGUGCUCAUCUGCGUCGGACUGCUCUACUUCUACUACCGACAGACGCUCAUCUACCUGCCCAUAUCGCCGCAGCUUGGCCCGCUGCUUUACAUUGUGAAACUCAUGGUCUGUCGGGACUUCGCAAAUUUCAUGCGCAUGGCACUACUAGUGAUCAUAUGCGGAGGCAUCGUGGUGCACGCCGUUCUGUACCCCGACUACCCCAUCACGGUGGAACUUUUCCGCAGAAUAUUCCACAAGGCCUGGUUUUCCCUCUGGCUCACACCCAUCACUGACCUCGAAGGAGACAGCAAAUGCUUCCAAACGCCUCCGCCAGAUCACACCAAGGGAUGUUUCGUCAGCAGAUACUCGGACGAGAGCUGCCCGAAUACAGGUCUCUGGCCCUACGUGUUCGCGGUGGUGUACUUCGUGCACCUCAAGCUGAUACUUCUCACAGUCCUGGUGGCGCUCUUCUUUAACACGGCGGCAGAGGUGACACCGGAGGCGGACGUCAUCUGGAAGUUUCAGCGCUACGAGCUGGUGAUGGACUUCGCUAUGCGGCGCUGCUUACCUCCUCCGCUCAAUGCUGUUGCGUACGUCUGGUGCAUCUUCUCCCCAUUUCUGAAGAUGUGCAGGCGCGCCUUCAGGAGAAAGAAGCAUCAUCACCCUCUGCACCCCUUGCCGAAAGAUGUGAGCAAAGGACAGAAGCUCUCGGAGAGGGACUACCAUUACUGGAGACAAAAGGCGUUGGAGUACAGCAACAACCUGGAUUCGGCCAACGAGAACACCUCCCAGAAGAUGUCCGACAACUUGACGCUGAUGCUGGAGGACGUGGACUAUCAACGUACCGUGCUGGAUCAACUUCGUGGUCAAGUGGAGGAGGUCCAGCGCAAGAUGUCUCUUUCGCUUAUCUACCUGGAGACCCUCAAGCAGGCUUGUUCAAAUAAGGGAGACCCGAUGUCCAUGGGUACAUCCAUACAGCAGCAGACGACGCUGCACUACAUUUCGCGCCAAUCUCCGUACCCGGGCACAAAGAUACAGCGCUUCCCGGUGCCGGACAAAUUUGUUCCCUGGGAGGUGAUGUGGCUGGACUACGACCCGGUCGCCUACACCAGGCCCAGGACUCAGUUCCCAACGCCGCUGCAGGUCUAUGUGGACGAGGACAUUCUUAUGAUCACGACAAACGAAAACGCUCAAAGCCUGCCGUCGCUGAAGUGGAACUGCUUGUCUACGUCGGCUGGUGGUGUCAGCAUAGACCGACGGUCGUGGAUCGAAGACGCUGACGGCACGAACAUCAUCUACAUUCUCGAGAACGAAGGAGUUCCGAGGAAUCCUGCUGGAAGGACUGGCCUAAAAGGAAAAGGCGCGCUUCCGCGAUGGGGACCCAACCAUUAUGUUCUCUUCAUUAUCAGCAGGUACCAGAAGUCACGGUCUGCCUUAUCUCAAGGGAGAGGGAUGGAAAUAGCCCUCAUGAGGAUUUUCAGAACUGAUCAGUUUGUGCUGCCGGGGGACUUCGUUCCUGGAGAACAAAAGUAUGACGGAGUCAUGCGGGUGUGCUUCAAGAUUCCCGAGGGCACGCCAAUGUCCACUGCGGAACACGUCAAAACAUUUUUCUCGGAGUGCCUCCAGGAGCAACCCGACACGUCUGAUCCCAACCAGGUGAUGGACUGCUCGAUCGCUCGUCGUGGCUACAUGGACGAUCCGAUGAACACGGAUAAUUGCUGGAGAGAAGUCGAGCUCUGGAAAGUGCAUUACGGCGGAAAGGAAACGCUGGGAGAAAAGUUCCAGCCCAAUGUUGUAUGGAGGCUCGUUACCGAUGACCUGUUUCUCAAGUUGCCUUCGGGACACAGCAACCUCUUCAAUGAAGUGUGGAACUUUCAAGGCACGUUGACGAUGUGACAUCGUUUAAAAGUAAGGAACAUUGAUGCGAGGACGAGUGUGUUGGUCAUGGGCUGAAGUGGAGCAUUCCGGAAAAUAAUGACAAUUUUCGCAAAAACACGAAACAAUAAAAAAUGACCGUCUGCUGUUGUGCUUUCUCUA